AUGCGCGACAACCAGCGGGUCGUGUACACAUCACCCAUCAAAGCGCUGAGCAACCAGAAGUUCCGCGAGAUGAGCCAGGAGUUUGGGGACGUGGGGCUCAUGACUGGCGAUGUUACGAUCGCGCCUAACGCUACAUGCCUGGUUAUGACGACGGAGAUUCUCCGGAGCAUGCUGUAUCGGGGAUCCGAUUUCGUGCGGGAGGUGGGGUGGAUUAUAUUCGACGAGGUGCAUUACCUGAGGGACAAGGAGCGAGGGGUGGUGUGGGAGGAGAGUAUCGUCAUGGCUCCCAAGUCCUCCCGCUUCGUCUUCCUCUCGGCCACUGUGCCCAACGCACGCGAGUUUGCUGAGUGGGUGGCUAAGGUGCACCAGCAGCCCUGCCACAUCGUCUACACGGACUACCGCCCCACACCGCUUCAGCACUACAUCUUCCCCGCAGGGGGCAUGGGCCUGUUCCUAGCCGUCGACGAGAAGGGCAAGUUCCGCGAAGCUUCCUUCCAGAAGGCGAUGAACGCAGUGGAAGGGGGGGAGGGCGGCGGAAAGGGGGAGGAGGGGGAGGACGGGGGGAGGAAAGGGGGGAAGUGGGGGAAGGGCAAGCGGGGAGCGGGAGGGGGCGGCCCCGGAGGGGGAGGCGGAGGGGGGAAGAAGGGGGAGGAGAGUGAUAUAUACAAGAUCGUGAAGAUGAUAAUGCAGAGGCAGUAUGAUCCGGUGAUUGUGUUCUCGUUUAGCCGCGCCGACUGUGAGGCGCUGGCGCUGCAGAUGUCUCGCAUGGACCUGAACGACGAGGAUGAGAAAACUCUCAUUGAUGGGAUCUUCAGGAAUGCCAUUGACAGUUUGGCGGAGGAAGACAAGAAACUUCCACAGGUGAACAGCAUGCUGCCGCUGCUGCGGAGGGGCAUCGGCAUUCACCACUCGGGGCUUCUGCCGCUGCUGAAAGAAGUGAUUGAAAUCCUCUUCCAAGAAGGGCUGCUCAAGUGUCUGUUUGCCACCGAGACAUUCAGCAUCGGGCUCAACAUGCCGGCCAAGACGGUAGUUUUCACUAACGUGCGCAAGUGGGACGGCACCAAGUCCCGGUGGCUGUCAGGAGGCGAGUACAUUCAGAUGAGUGGGCGAGCGGGCAGGCGAGGCCUGGACGACCGGGGUAUCUGCAUUCUCAUGGUGGACUCAAGGAUGGAACCUGCAGUAGCCAAGGGGAUGGUCAAGGGCUCUGCUGAUCCUCUUGUGAGCGCCUUCCACCUGUCGUAUAACUUCAUUCUGAACCAGCUGAGGAGCCCCGAGGUGGAGAUACAGCAGACCAUCAGAAGCUCCUACCGCCAGUUUCAAUCAGACAUAGCAUUGCCAGCCCUGCAGGCACGCUUGCAAGCCCUUGAAGCCGAGUAUUCAUCAAUCAACAUCCCUGACGAGUCAUCCCUCCUCGCCCUCCUCUCCCUCCGCCGCCAACUCUCCGCCCUGAGGGCUGAGAUCCGCUCCUUCAUCACCGCCCCCCGCCACGCCCUCCCCUUCCUCUCCCCUGGGAGGGUUGUGCGGAUACUGUGCAAGGGGGGAGGGGGAGGGGCGGGGGGAGGGGAAGGGGAAGGGGAAGGGGAGGGCGGAGGGGAAGGGGGGGAGGGGGGGGGAAUCGGGAACGAGGAGGAUGUGACUGUAUGGGGCGUGGUGGUGAAUUUCAAGAAGGUGAAUCGGAAACGAGGAGUGGGAGGAGGGGAGCUGCAGGAUGAGGCAGCGGAGGCAGCAGCUGACGUGGCAUAUGACGUGGACAUUCUCACGCGGUGUGUGGAGGAAGGAAGUGCAGGGCGCAUGGGGCUGCCUGGAGGGCCCAGGAAGGUGCUGGACGGCAUAAGUGCAGUGCGACUGUUUCUCCCCAAGGACCUGAAGCACAAGGAGCCAAGAGAGGCCACCCUGAUUCCCCCCUAUGCUUCCUUCUCCUGCUCUCUUCAUCCUCGUUAUAAUCCACCCCACUUCCAGCUGGAUGGCAUAAGUGCAGUGCGCCUGUUUCUCCCAAAGGAUCUGAAGCACAGGGAGCCAAGAGAUGCCACCUUAAAUUGCUCUUGUGCUUCCCUCUCCUCUGUUUAUACCCGUCAUAAUCAAACCCUUUUCCAGCUGGACGGCAUAAGUGCAGUGAGGCUGUUCCUUCCCAAGGAUCUGAAGCACAAGGAGCCAAGAGAGGCCACCCUGAUUCCCCCCUAUGCUUCCUUCUCCUUCUCUAUUUAUCCCCGUCAUAAUCAAACCCUUAUCCAGCUGGACGGCAUAAGUGCAGUGAGGCUGUUUCUCCCCAAGGAUCUGAAGCACAAGGAGCCAAGAGAGGCCGCCCUAAAUUCUUCCUUUGUUUCUCCUGCGCACUUUAUCCUUGUUAAUCAACCUCACUUCCAGCUGGAUGGCAUAAGCGCAGUGCGUCUGUUCCUCCCAAAGGAUCUGAAGCACAAGGAGCCAAGAGAGGCCGCCCUGAAGUCGCUGCAGCAGCUGCUGCUGAGAGCCGGGGCGGAUGGCGUGCAGAUGCUGGAUCCUGAAGAGGAUAUGGAGGUCAACAGCUCAGCGUAUCGCAAGGCCGUGAGGAGAGCCGAAGCACUCGAAGCGCUCAUCGCCUCCCACGCUCUAGCCUCGGCGCCGGACCUGCAGGUUCGGAUCCGGGAGCUGGCUCGGAAGAGCAAGCUGAAGGGCGCACUCAAAGUGCUUAAAAAGGAGGUCAAGUCGGCGGGCGGGCUUAUAUUGAAGGACGAGCUUAAAGCGAGGAUGAGGGUGCUGCGGCGAUUGGAGUACAUUGACGAGGACGAAAUUGUGCGUGUUAAGGGCCGGGUUGCCUGUGAGAUUUCCAGUGCAGACGAGCUGGUGGUGACAGAGCUGCUCUUCAGUGCCGCGCUGGCGGACCUUCCUCCCGAGACCGUGGCAGCGCUGCUGUCGUGCUGCGUGUGGCAGGAGAAGGGCGCGGGCGGGGCGAAGAGACCCAGGGAGAGCCUGCAGGGGCCGCUGGCGCAGCUGAGGGAGAUUGCAAGGCGGAUAGCACGCGUGCAGGAGGAGUGUAAGAUUGCCCUUGAUGUGGAAACAUAUGUGGCCUCAUUCCGCCCGGAUAUCAUGGAGGCGGUGUUUGGGUGGUGUCAUGGCACCGCGUUCGCUGAUGUGCUGGCAGCUGCUGACACGUUUGAGGGGUCGCUCAUCCGCGCUAUGAGGCGAUUAGAGGAGCUGCUGCAAGAGAUCAUUUUGGCGAGUAAGACUAUUGGAGAAACAAGCCUUGCUGAAAAGAUCUCUGCAGCAAGUGAGAAGCUCAAGAGAGGGAUUGUGUUUGCAGCAUCUCUUUACCUAUGA